AUGAACGAUCAAGCAACAGAUUAUUCUUCAAUCGAUGCGUUUCAUGUUGGUCGUCGGCGCAAACCCAACUUUACUGAUCACGAAGUUCUGUAUAUAAUCGAUCAGUAUGAUACUUACAAAGAAUUAUUGCACUCCCGUGAAGCAUCGAAAAGUGUUAUUGCACAAAAACAAGCAAUAUGGAAACAAAUAACCGAUAAUCUCAACACAUCAUAUCCUCAAGUCGAACGAACGGUUGAGGAUGUUCGUCGCAAAUGGAAAAAACUACAAAGUGAAGCCAAACGUGAAUCAGCUGCCUAUCGUGCAGCACAAGCAGCAGGUGCAACAACAUCCAUAUCCAACAAACAACUGACCGUCUAUAAUCGAAUUUUGAAUAUUUGUCGUCCAUCAGCAACAUCUACAUCUCAUUUUCCUCAUGCUGCAGUUGCUGCCGCUUUACAACAUCAACAAUUAUUACACCAGCAGCAACAACAAUCAAAUCUGCAUAACAAUAAUCAUCCUAACGAUGCCUCAUUUAAUGAACAGUCUUCAGAUAAAGUUGAUUCUCCGUCAUCAGAUCUUGCAAAUGGUGUCAGCGGCCAACUGGAUUCUCCAGGUGAUGAAAGUGCUAGCCUGAUUGGUAACGAUGACAGUUCACGAAGUCCACUAGCAAACUAUCAAUCAGCAUCGCAUCUUUCUUCUCAGCAUAUCAAUUCAUCCGCUGCAGUAAUAUCAAGCAAUGGUCAAAUAUCGAAACGCACAUUGGACAAACGUCGCAAACUAUUGAAAUCAUCAUUGAAUCAGCAAGUAGCAAAUAACCUAUCAAAAACAUAUGCACAAUCGCCACGACAACAGCAACAUUCGCUUCGGUAUGAAUCGUUGAUGAAACGAAAGCGUACAUUAGAAUUGACGAGUCAACGAUUGAUUUACGACAAAGAACGUCUAUUACUCGAAAAGAAGAAUCUUGAUAUUCAAUUAGCAACGAAUGAAUGCGAAAAUGAACGUAUUGCGAUCGAAAAACGUCGCACAGAAUUAUCUUUACAAAAACUUCAAUCUGACACACCACUAUCAAGUAAUGGAAAUCAUAAUUUAUCCGAUCAAGACGAUCACGAUGACAAUAAUAGUCUCGAUGAUAUGAGUGAUAUAAACGAAUAG